AUGGCGAGCUCGGCUGGCCUGGCUGUGUGCGGGCAGGCGCUGGUGGUGCGGGGCGGCAGCCGCUUCCUGGCCACCACCACCGCGAGCAGUGAUGAAGACGACAGCCUCUUCACAUAUGAUUGCAGUACUGCAGAAAAGAAGUCACAGGAAAAUAAAGGGGAGGACGGACAGCCCGUGGAGAAGGGGAGUGACACGAUCCUGGCGUCCACCUUCUCCAAGUCUGGCAGCUAUUUUGCUUUAACCGAUGACAGUAAGCGUCUGAUUCUUUUCCGUACAAAACCAUGGCAAUGUCUGAGUGUCAGGACCGUGGUGAGGAGAUGCACAGCCCUGACCUUCACGGCCUCUGAGGAGAAGCUUUUGGUGGCAGACAAGUCUGGGGACGUUUACUCCUUUGCAGUGCUGGAGCCGAAUGAAUGCGGCAAACUUGAACUUGGGCACCUGUCGAUGCUGCUGGAUGUGGCCGUGAGUCCUGACGACCGCUACGUCCUCACCGCCGACCGGGACGAGAAGAUCCGGGUGAGCUGGGCCUUGGCACCGCACAACAUCGAGUCCUUCUGCCUGGGGCACACCGAGUUCGUGAGCCGCAUCUUCGUGGUGCCCGACCACCCUGAGCUUCUGCUGUCCUCAUCCGGGGACUGCACCCUGAGGCUCUGGGACUACAGACGUGGCCAAGAGCUGCACUGCUGUCACCUGACCAGCCUGCAGGAGCCAGCGGGGCCCUGGAGCGACAAGAGGUUUGCCGCAUCCAGGAUUGCUUACUGGAGCCGGGACAGCUGGGUGGCGCUGCUGUGUGAUCGUGUCCCUGUGGUCUACAUCUUCCAGCUGGAGGCCCCCAGGCGGCAGCUGGUGUACAAGCAGCAGUUGUCUUUCCAGCACAGCGUGUGGGACGCUGCUUUCGAGGAGAGCCGGGGGCUGUGGGUGCUGCAGGACUGCCGGGAAGCCCCCCUCGUGCUCUGCAGGCCUGUGGACGGCCAGUGGCAGCCUGUGCCUGAAGACGCCGUGGUGAGGACCCUCUGCAUGCAGCUCCGCGGGCACUGGGCCAUGCUGGAAGGCGCUGCCGGCGUGGACGAGGGCUUUAGCAGCCUGUACAAGGCCACCUUUGACAACGUGACCACUUACCUGAAGAAGAAAGAGGAGAGGUUGCAACAGCAGCUUCGGAAGAAGCGGCAUAAGAACCCACCCCCUGGGCCCAACGGGCAGACCAAGAAGGUGAAGGCCGGGGAGGCGUCCUGGAGUGGCUCCUCCUAG